CUAAUAUCUCAAUCUCGAAUUUACUUUGAGUACUCUCUCUAUAUAUCUCUCGAAUCAUAGUAUUAUUUUUUGUAUCGCUUGAUGCGCAAAUGACACAGCAGUGAAAUUAACUGUAUAAGACAGAUCGAAGAUGUUCAAUCAAAGCGGAGGACUACAAACUGGCACGUCAACCACUUCCAAUCCAAUGCAAGAUUACGAGGUUGUCUCUCCACCUGACGAUUCUGUCUCCAGUCUCGCAUUUAGUCCUGCUUGCAUUCCACAAAAUUUCCUCGUCGCUGGCUCUUGGGAUUGCAAUGUGCGCUGCUGGGAGGUUGAGCAAUCUGGCAAAACUGUUCCUAAAUCGAUGCAAUCCAUGGCGGCUCCGGUUCUUGACGUUUGUUGGAGCGACGACGGAACAAAAGUAUUUAUGGCAUCUUGCGACAAAACUGCAAAGUGUUGGGACUUAGCCUCGAAUCAGAGUAUUCAAGUGGCAGCACACGAUGCACCUAUUAAAACUUGUCACUGGAUUAAAGCAAGCACAUACUCAUGUCUCAUGACUGGUUCUUGGGACAAAACAUUGAGAUUUUGGGAUCUGAGGAGUCCUAAACCAGCAUUGAUUAUAAACUUGAUUGAAAGAUGCUACUGUGCAGAUGUUGAUUAUCCAAUGGCAGUAGUGGGAACUGCUGGACGUGGGUUAAUUGUUUAUCAAUUGGAAGGCAGUCCUCGAGAAUACAAAUCAGUAGAACUGAAUCUAAAAUAUCAGUAUCGAUGCGUCGCGAUUUUUAGAGAUAAGAAGAAAGUACCUACUGGUUUUGCAAUUGGCAGUACGGAGGGUCGUGUAGCGAUACACCAUCUGAAUUUAAGUUCAAAGGAAAAUUUCACAUUCAAGUGUCACAGAACAAAUGGAACCCCUAAUGGAUACCAAGACAUUUAUGCAGUAAAUGAUAUUGCAUUCCAUCCAGUUCAUGGUACUGUUGCAACUGUCGGAGGUGACGGUACGUUUGGAUUUUGGGACAAAGAUGCAAGAACUAAAUUGAAAUCUUCAGAACCUAUGGAGCAACCAAUUACUCGGUGUUGCUUUAAUCACAAUGGACAAAUAUUUGCAUAUGCUGUGUCGUACGAUUGGUCAAAAGGCCACGAGUAUUAUAAUCCAGCGAAAAAGAACUCCAUAUUUCUUAGACCCUGCUUCGAAGAAUUAAAACCUAAAGCGUCGCCAUAAGACCAGAAGGACAAGUUUCUGAAUUCUGUGAUGUUUUAAGAUAAUAGGUUUUAUAAUUACAGAAGAUACGUUUACAUUAAUAAAUUAUAGUUUUCCUAUCUUCUUUUUAGUUAUACAAGUUUUCCACUGUUACGUCAUUAUAAUACAUUGUAAAUAGCUUCGAUAUACAAUACAAUUGUAGUUUACAUUUUUCAUCAUAUAUAUAUUUGACUAUUUUUCACACAAGCUCAUUGUACAAAGAUGUAUAUACAUACGAGAAGAGUCUUGUUCUUUUUUCACGAGUAUAGAAAUGUAAAAAAAUAAUUCCGAUAAAAACUCUUACAAUAUCUUGAAACUGACACAAAAAUUAAACUAUUUCCUUGAUUAGUUAGUACUCUUUUAAAAUAAAAAAAUAUUAAUGCAUUUUGAUUUUUUAAAUAAAUAUUAGUAUUAUCAAUUUUAAAGACAAUUUGUUAAAAUUCGACAAAAUAAAAUUUUUUGGCUUUUAAAUGUUUUUCUACUAAAUUGAGUUGUACAUUAAUAGCAAAAACUGAAUUUAUACUUCUAUUGUUCAUAUAACAUUUUCUACCUUAGAAAGGAAAAAAAUGAUCGAAAAAGAAAUACUCUCUUUCAAAGAGGAAAUAUCUUUCCCAAAACGAGUUGAAUUUUUCCAUACUACUUCAUUUUCGAUCAAAAUGACUCUUAUGGUAACUUUUAUAUUUUAUAUAUGUAUAAUUACGUAAUUUAACGUUUAUUAAAGUGCUAUGCUAUUAAGGUAUCUUCUUGAGUAAUUUAAAAAAAAGAGAGGCAAUCGUUUUAUAAGAAAUACAACAUUUAGUUUAUUUUGCGAAUUCCUAAGCAAUAACUCCCUAACAAUACCGCGAAGAAGAAUCCGGUGGAUCUAUGCUUUCCUCAACGUAUAUUGUCCUAUUCGAUGUGUUUACAAAAAUUAACAUCUGCUCGAUUGCGAGUCUCGUUACACGCGUUCUUCCCAGAGAAGAAGCGUUUGGAAAUUGAAAUUGAUCAAAGGAAGUUCAAGGAUAUUUAAAGUUUGGAGAAUUGGGCGAAUUGGACGUGAUUUUGCGCUAUAUAUCCAGAGGAAAAAGUAAAGAAAAAGGAAAAAAAAAAA